CUGUGUAUGUAUUUUUGUUCUAUAAAUAGGUAUAGUUUGUUUUAGAAGCCCAUGUUCUGCAUAGCGCCACCAAAUUCUAGCUAGAACUCUCCGAGUCCGACCGAUCACAUUUCAUAAACUAACAACAAUGGUGGUAGCAGAGUCUGAAACCAUGAAACCACACGUUGCUGUCCUCCCAAGCCCGGGCUUGGGCCACGUCAUCCCCCUCUUCGAGCUGGCCAAGGUCCUGGUCGUCCACCACGGCGUCCGCGUCAGCUUUCUCAACAUCACCACCGAAGCCUCCGUCGCCCAAAACCAGCUCCUCCACCCACCCACACUGCCUCCAGGCCUCCGAGUGAUCGACCUUCCACCUGCUGACAUUUCCACCCUCGUCAGCGAACAAACUCUCGUCCUCACCCGGCUAUGUAUCAACGUAGAGGAGAGCCUCAAGCCGUUAAAGUCGGUUCUCAUGGAGCUGGGGAAGCUUCAAGCUCUCGUCAUUGACUUGUUCUGUACCCAAGCUUUCCAAAUCUGCAAUGAGCUUUCCAUUCCUGCCUACACCUUCUUCACUCCCUCAACUUCUUUCCUUGCUUUCUCCUUGCAUCUUCCUACACUGGACCGUGACGUGGACUGCGAGUUCGUUGACCUUCCCGAGCCGGUUCAGGUCCCGGGUUGCACCCCGGUUCGAACCGACGACUUGCUGGACCAGGUUCGGAACCGGAAGAUUGACGAUUACAAGUGGGCGUUGUUCCACUUCAACCGGCUGCCCAUGGCGGCAGGGAUUUUCUUGAACUCGUGGGAGGAUCUUGAACCGGUCUCGUUUAAGGCAAUAAGAGAACACCCUUUCUACCAGAAAAUACCCACACCACCGGUUCACCCAAUUGGGCCGCUUAUCAAACGAGACGCAGCCACGACUGCAUCGGACGCCGAGUGUCUAGCGUGGCUAGACGAACAACCUUCGAAAUCAGUUAUUUUCGUGGCGCUGGGUAGUGGAGGGACUCUGACAGCUGCACAGCUCACCGAGUUGGCUUGGGGGCUAGAAAUGAGUCAGCAACGGUUCAUGGUGGUGGCGCGUAAGCCAAGCGAUGCUAGCGCGUCGGCGACGUUCUUCAAUGUGGGUGGAGAUGUUAACGAUCCCAAGGAAUAUUUGCCUGAGGGUUUCUUGGAGAGGACGAAAGGGGUGGGGCUGGUGGUGCCGUCUUGGGCCCCGCAGGAACUGGUGCUCCGCCACCCAUCAACCGGUGCGUUUUUAUCUCACUGCGGCUGGAACUCGACACUUGAGAGCAUCACUCACGGCAUACCGAUGGUCGCGUGGCCGCUUUACGCUGAGCAAAGAAUGAACGCGACGAUGCUUGUCGAGGAGGUUGGAGUGGCGGUUAAGCCGGUGGUGGAACGAGGAAAAGGAGUCGUCGCAAGGGAGGAGAUUGAGAGGGUGGUGAGGAUGGCGUUGGAGGGUGAAGAAGGAAAGGUAAUGAGGCGUAGGGCUGAAGACCUACAAGUCAAAGCAGAGAAAACGUUGACCUUUGGUGGGUCGUCUUAUGAGUCAUUUUCUCGUGUGACCAGAGAAUGGAAAGCUCAUAUAUAAUGGAAGGCUAGUCUAAAAUGCUAAGUUUACAAAUAAAUUUUAUAAAAUAAAAUUUUUAUAACAUGAUGUGAUAUAAUAUGAUAGGGUUUUUUAAAAGAUGAAUUUAUCUCAUUUUUAAUUAUAUUGUAUCACAUUAUGUUGUAAUUUUUUUUUUUUUUUUGGUAAAAUUUGUUUAUAACCUUCCUCUAUUAUUACUUAAAAUAUUAUGAAUGACCGGUUAAAAAAAGAUAAAAGAGAAGAUUUCGGUGUUCGUCAUUCUUAGGAGAGACUCACAAUGAAUGCCUAAAUAAAUUUGUUGUGUAUUAUUGUGAAUGUUGAAGGAUAUGAGAAGAGAGGAUGUGUAAUGCCUCCGCCGUUAGGGAUAGGCACGUCAACAAAUAUUCUCAGAAGUGCAAAGCAUUAUAACUUAUAAGGUUAGCGGAGCAAGUACUAUAAUGUUGUAUUAAAUGCAUGUUAAUUUGUAUUUUUUAAUAUAAUGUUGUUAUUUGAAUUA